AUGGGAUUGGAGAACAACUGGUUGGGUGACGAGGACGAUCAGGUCACCAGACUGUUUAACAGUAGUGGGGGGUUUGCAGAAUGUGGAGCGACUGGCAAUUUUCUUUCCACCAUUAAGAUGGUUCAUGAAGAUAAUCCCGAUCGUCCGCAUCAAGAAGGAACGGUCAUAAUGGAUGUUAUCAACUUGAACAUUCAGCCCUCACAGCAGCAUCGUGGCGAUGUUAGCACCAUUGUUGUCACUUUGGACACAAAAUCUGUUACGAUUUUGGUUUUAAGUUUUGCGAUGCAGAAUACACCUUGGCAAUUUAAAAGGCGAGGCAUUCUUCAUGUGCGCAAGAUGCUUUACCCACUUUGCUUCGCUGUCAGUAGAGUGCAGAUUGGUAAUAUUUACAUCUCUUCUCUUCUUUCUGAUGCUAUUCACUUGCUUUUGGUGCUACUAGUAGCUUACUUUACUACUUUCGUGAAUCAUACAAUGUUAUUUCCAGAAUGUAGAAACUUGGUCAUUGACCCUCCAGAGAACCAGUUUCUUGAUCCGAACGGCACUAGCUGGAAAGCAUUUGUGUAUUGCCGAAAAUGCUACACAAUGAUCGGCAUCCAAAUUGUUCGUGAAGAUAAUCCCAAUCAUAAAUAUGAAGAAGGGACAAUCCGUCUACAUCUGACCAAGACGCUGUUUUGGAAUGGUCACAAUAUGUUUUCUCUGAUGCAACGGCUGCCAAAGCAGCCUCAACUGCCACCACAUGAAGAUCAGCGUCCAGUUUUCUUGUGUAGAGUAUGCAAUACCCAAUUUGCUUCGAGACACGGAAUGUCCCAAAUGGAUAUAAAGACUACUGGCAUUUUCUUUACAAACUAUGUGAACUUGGCGGUGGUUGAUACCGCAGACCACUAUUUUCAACAUCUGAACAGCCCUACAAGACUAGCAUUUGUGAAAUGUAGCAGAUGCAACGAGACGCUGGGCAUGAGAAGUGUUUCUGAAGAUAAUCCGGAUGUCGUAGAACAACAAGGAACUGUUGGUCUGGAUAUGACUUUGGUGAAUAUUUGGAAUGGUUCUGGUCAUGAGGUGUUUACUUUAAUGAGAUAUGUGCCAACACCAAUGAUACUGCCACCAUUACAGCAACUACAUCAACCACCACCUCCACCACCCUCCCCUACAACCGGCACUGGCAAUGGCCACUUGAGUUCGGCUGAAAUGCAGCAGUUGUUGCAGAGUAUAUCUUUGAGUUGACUUGGACUUGGCAGGAAAUUGUAGGACAGGCUGGCUAUCUCAGUUUACAAGCAAUUGUAGCAGUGGAUUUUUCUUUCAUUUUAGUUUUAGUUGUUUCAGUUCACAUUUGCAUUUGGUUGAUUCUCAUUCUGUUUGUACUCUAAACAAACUGGGAUGAAAGCUUACUCUAGAC